CACUCGUACAUCAAAACUUUCCUCGCGAAGAAAAAACUAUCAUCCCUUUUCUCGUGUCCAAAUUUUCUCUCGAAAAAAAGCUCUCUCUUUCUUUUACACGAUUCCGCAACUUUGUCAUCAUCCCUUUAUCGAUUUGAAGCAAACAAAACCUCAUUUUCAAUUUCUUAGUUUCAAGGGGAUUUCCAAUUACUACUCUGAUAGAAACUUUUACUUCUCAGACAAAGGAGAUUUCAAAUGUCGUUAACCGUAAGAACUGUGAAGGUCAGCAAUGUUUCCUUAGGUGCGUCUGAGCAAGACAUCAAGGAGUUCUUUUCGUUCUCUGGUGAUAUCGAAUAUGUUGAAAUUCAAAGUGAGAAUGAGCGGUGUCAGAAUGCAUAUGUUACCUUUAAGGAUCCACAAGGAGCCGAUACUGCACUUCUUCUUUCGGGAGCCACAAUUGUUGAUCUCUCCGUCACCGUAACACCUGCCCCAGAUUAUGAGCUUCCACCUGCUGCAUUGAAUCCUCCAGCUGCGAGGGAGAGCCAAACCGGAGUUGUUCCUGAAUCUGCUGUUCAAAAGGCAGAAGAUGUUGUCAGUAGCAUGCUUGCGAAGGGAUUCAUCUUAGGUAAAGAUGCUGUCAACAAAGCAAAGGCCUUUGAUGAGAAGCACCAAUUGACGUCUACUGCUACUGCUAAGGUUGUUUCUCUGGAUCAAAAGAUUGGAUUGACAGAGAAAAUAUCCAUGGGAACAACAGCUGUAAACGAAAAGGUUAAGGAAAUGGAUCAGAAAUUUCAGGUUUCUGAGAAGACCAAGUCAGCCUUUGCAGCCGCUGAACAGAAAGUCAGUGAUGCUGGAUCUGCCAUUAUGAAGAACCGAUAUGUAUUCACUAGUGCAUCAUGGGUAACUGGUGCCUUUAGUAAGGUUGCAAAGGCAGCUGGAGAGGUGGGCCAGAAGGCAAAGGAGAAAGUUGGCAUGGCAGAAGACGUACAAAGAAGAGAAAUGGUGGAUGACUACGCUAGAGUACACCUUUCUGACUCCCCCAAAGCUGAGAAAGAUGAGCAACAACCUUCAAAGCCCUUACCCGCACAGGGUUUGAUCCUUUGAUUACAUAAACUUGUGUAAAUAGUUGCGUCUUUUUUCUAGGUCCCGAAAUUCUGCUUCUAUAUACUUCUGCUUUUGUUUCUCUUCUUAGAAUUACUUUGAUAGUUGUUAGAUGUUAGAAUAGUUGCUAGUCUCAUCUUGUUGGAUGGAUACAAAUUGACGACUGCUAUAAAUGGCUUGGCCUUUUCAUUUUUACAUUACAGUAUGAAUAAGUGUGAACUCUUUGUAAGUACUACUCUUUGAGUGGUGUAACGCUUAGAUUUUCUUUCUUCUGGUUGUUGAAUUAUUGCGAGUGCUUAUGUUUA